UAUAUAGCCAGGACCUGCGGGUAGCAGAGGAACUUGUGAGACAAAGAUAAUCGCACUUGCUCACCCCAAGGGUUACCUGUGACACCCCUGCGAUGACAAGAGGGCCCAGCCAAGGGGGGGCCACGUAUAAAGGGACUUUGGAUGACAUCUUAUUCGGUGCUUUGUAAAGAUUGCCGCGCGUCUACUGUUUUGGAUGCUUUUCGUGAUUUUGGACGUGUUUUGGAGUUACCUGGGCUGUGAUCCGCCGGAGAGCUGAAGCGCACCGAGUCAUUAAUCAGCUCUGUUGAUCGUCGCAUGAGACUCGGAGCCGGGCCGCAAUGAGUCGGAGAACACGACGAUGGAUUUUAAGAGUCCUGCUAUGUUUAGGGAUUGUUUACUUGAAAAUUGGUGGCUUCUCGGUGGUGGCCCUAGGUGCGAGAAUAAUCUGUAACAAGAUCCCCGGUUUGGCUCCCAGACAGCGGAUUAUCUGUCAGAGCCGGCCCGAUGCCAUCAUCGUGAUCGGGGAGGGGGCCCAGAUGGGCAUCAACGAGUGCCAGUUCCAGUUCAGGAACGGCCGCUGGAACUGCUCUGCUCUCGGAGAAAGGACCGUCUUCGGAAAAGAGUUGAAAGUGGGCAGCAAAGAAGCUGCGUUCACCUACGCCAUCAUUGCAGCGGGGGUGGCCCACGCCAUUACGGCCGCUUGUACGCAGGGUAACCUGAGCGACUGUAGCUGUGACAAGGAGAAGCAGGGUUUCUACAGUAAAGACCAAGGGUGGAAGUGGGGGGGCUGCUCUGCAGACGUCAGAUACGGCCUGGGCUUCUCCAAAGUUUUUAUUGAUGCGCGCGAGGAGAAGCAGAACGCAAGGACACUCAUGAACCUCCAUAAUAACGAGGUGGGACGCAAGGUUCUGGAGAAGAGCAUACGACUGGAAUGCAAGUGUCACGGCGUCUCCGGCUCCUGCACAACCAAAACCUGCUGGACUACACUCCCAAAGUUCCGCGAGCUCGGCUACGUCCUCAAGGAGAAAUACGCCCAUGCGGUGCAUGUGGAGCCGGUCAAAACCAGCCGCAGCAAGCGUCCUAAAUUCCUCAAAAUCAAAAAAUCUUACCGGAAGCCCCAGGAUACAGAGCUGGUGUACAUAGACAAGUCGCCUAACUACUGCGAGGCGGACCCCUUGACAGGGAGCCUGGGGACACAGGGGAGGGUGUGCAACAAGACAAUGAUGCAGCACAUCAGCGGCUGUGAUCUGAUGUGCUGCGGUCGGGGAUACAAUACACACCAGUACUCCCGCGUCUGGCAGUGCAACUGCAAGUUCCUGUGGUGCUGCUAUGUUAAGUGCAACACCUGCAGUGAGAGGACAGAGGUGUACACAUGCAAAUGAGAAUAUUUAUUGGAUGGUCUGCGUGCGUGAGAAAUUAUGUUGAGUGUUCAAGUUUUUUUUUUUCAUGGAAAUAUUUUACAGAAUGGCUGCUUUUGCAGUUUUUUCAUACAUAAUGACCAACUAGAGUGGUGUGUAUGCAGCAUGCUGAAGAUGGGGCAUCGUGGUUCUUUUGCACAUAAAGCUCUUCACCCCUCGUCUCGAACCGUUUGCUGGGAUGGCGUCAGCUUGCGAAACAGUUUGGCAAAACCCUGUUAAGGGAAAAACUGUCACCUUGCAUAUGGGGACUGGACCGCAGUCCGAGUCACUGAAGCAAAGAUGUCAAGACUUUAAGCUGAACGGACAUAUGCUGACAUUUUCACUGUUUGGACUUUGCCAAUGCAAAUGAAUUAUGGGGGAUGUGAUGCUGAGCAGGUUGUUAGCCCCUGUGCACAGACAAAAUGACACAGCCAUUGAGAAUAUUUAACACACUGUAUUUAGAGAAUGAGAAUUAUUAAUAUUAAUUUAUUCUAUAAGAACUACUGAUUUUUGUCCUUUAUGGAUCAAAAAGAACUAAAUGUCAUGAGGUUUUAGUUUAUUAAAGCAAACAUGUCCACAGUUAACACACUGGAUUUGAAUAUGCAUGGAAAAUAAAAAGUCACACUGUAGAAUAAUGUUCCUGAAGGGAAUUUGCUGUAGGCUACUCAGAUCGACCAUCUUGCCUUCUCAUGUUUUUCUUCUCCUUCUUUGCUGCUAGUCUAGAAAACCCUACUUGUUGCGGUAGAAUGCUGAAUGCUGUACUGAUUCUCUCCAGUGGCAAGACCCACUUCAAGCUGUUUUAACUGGAAUAACUAACUCAUCAGAAACAUGGGCACAUUUUUCCACGUUUGGUAAAUAUUGGUUAAUAGAGUAUAUAUAUUUGUAAAAUCCUAUUUUUAUAUGAAUGUUUUAUUUAUAUCUUUUUUUCCAUGUUCAGUGUCACAUGCAGACCCUGAAAUGUGUUUUGAAGCCCUUGUGAACAAAGCUGAUGUGAUGUAAGUUGGCCCGAGCUGUCACUGCCAUAGCUGUACAUUUUUAAAAGAUUCUUUAUGUGAGUUUGUGUUAAAAAAAAAUCUGUGUUUACUGCAUUUCAUGACUACU